GGUCCGAGUGGAAUUAAUUACGAUGUGGGUCCAAGAGGUCCGAGUGGCAUUAAUUACGAUGGGGGUCCAAGAGGUCUGAGUGGAAUUAAUUACGACGGAGGUCCAAGAGGUCCAUAUAGAAGUAAUUACGAUGGUGGUCCAAGAGGUCCGUGUGGAAGCAUUUACGAUGGGGCUCCAAUAGGGCCGAAUGGAAGUAAUUACGAUGGGGGUCCAAGAGGUCCGUGUGGAAGUAAUUACGAUGGGGGUCCAAGAGGUCCGUGUGGAAGUAAUUACGAUGGGGGUCCAAGAGGUCCGUGUGGAAGCGAUUGUGGUUAUGGACCAAGAGGUCCGUGUGGAAGCGAUUGUGGUUAUGGAGCAAGAGGUCCGUAUGGAAGCGAU